AUGAAGAAUAAUCAUAGAAAUAAAGAUAAACUCAGCAAGAAAUUUAAUAGUGAUACUAGAAAAAGAAGGAUAUUGGAUAAUAGGGAAAUUGAUAAAUUUACUCAUGAAGAAUGUAAAGGAGGGACCUCUUUAAAAAGAUGUAGAGAUAGAAAGGGAAUUUCUAGAUAUUUACAGAGUAAUGACAGAAUUUUAAAGUCAAAUAUAUUAUCAGACUCAACUAUUAGUGAUAUAGAUGAACCAUUGUCAUCUACUGAAGAUAUUUUUUCUAACUGGUUAUCAAUGAUAAAUGUUUGUAGCGAAGAACCGAUCCUAAACAAGACAAAAGUGAAGAACUUAAAAUUAAAUCCUAAAAGUGAAGAAUUAUUUUCGAAGGAUUUACAGGACUGUACAUUAAAAGAUGGAAUAGUGUGCGAUAAUUCAGUUGAUAAAUCCGAUUACACCUCUAAAACCGAGUCACAUGUCGAGAAUAACACUAAUAUCUCUAAUUUAACACAGAAUUAUUUUAAUGACUAUACAAAUUUUGGGAUGAUAUCUUUACAAUCUAUAGAAUCUAAAUUCAAUUUCUCAAAUGACUUGGUAAUUGUACAUCCACAAGGGUUUUCUCCCUUUAGAUCUCCUUUUUCACGAAAAUCACAUCGAAUGAAUGAUAUUGAGAAAUUUACCACUGCAGAUAUAUCUCAAAAAACUGUCUGUUUGGACUACUUUGGGAUUGAGGGACAAAUAAUUUCAAACUGGAAGACUCUGACUCAAGAUUUUCCUUUACAUACUAGAGAUAAUAUAGUAGUGGAGCUGCAGUCAUUAUUUAGAUACAUAAAUGGUUAUAUUGAUAUUGAAUAUUGCGAUCCUGACUGCAUACUUUCUCCUUGGAUAGUAUCUUUGGUAAUGUUACACAUUAGUAAUCAUAUCUCUUGUAUAAGGAAAUUAGUAUUAUCAAAUAAUUCUGUUUUAAAGAAAUAUAUUAAAAAUAAUGAGAGUUCUUUUAAAGGGAUAACUCACAAUAUUGAUCAUUUAGGUGAUGAUAAUUUAAGAGAUCAAGGAUUUCAUCGUUGUAGAAUUUUGAUUUUAUCUCCAUUUCGUGGAACAGCCAAAAGAUGUGUUGAUAUUUUGAUUAAACUACUACCUCAAGGUAAAAGAGCAAAAUAUCUUGAUAGAUUUAAUAAGGAAUUUGGAGAUCCUGAACUUGAAUCCCAAAAUGAUGAGGCUGAAAAAGUAGGUAUUGUAAGAGAUGACCCAUUAUAUAGAUAUCUAUUUGUAAAUAGUAAUCAUGAUGAUGAUUAUCGUGUUGGUAUUCAAGUAUCUAAAUCUGGAAUAUUGUUUUAUAGUCCUUUUGAUCAAUCGGACAUUAUACUUGCAUCUCCAUUAGGGCUAAGACGUAUUAUUGGAACUAGAGGAGAAUCAGAUACAAAACGUGAAUAUGGAUUUCUGUCUAGUGUCGAAAUUUGCCUUAUAUAUGGAGCUGACAUAAUUUUAAUGCAAAACUGGGAACAUUUGCUGGAUAUAUUUGAUGUAUUAAAUAAACUUCCUAGUAAAAAUCUUGGAUCAUGUGAUAUUAGAAGGAUAUAUCAGCCUUUUAUAGAUGGAAAUUCAAAAAUAAUGAGACAAACAAUCUUAAUAGCAUCAGGUCGCUCUGAAGACUUUACAUGUUUAUUUAGAAAAUACACAAAUAAUUGUAGAGGUUAUGUAAGACUAUGGAAUAGUCUAGAGAGAUUAAGAAAACUAUCAAAUAUAAAUAAAUUUGAAUUACCUUUAAAUAUAGCUGCAUCUCUUGUUCCUGAUUUAAAACAAAUGUUUAUAAAGGUUAGUAAUCAAAUAGAUUCUGAAGAAUCCAUGUUAUCAUAUAUGUCAAGUUAUUUAUAUCCCGAUAUAUUAGCAGCUAUAGAUGGGAUAAAUCAAAGAGUAUUAUUAGUUCUUCCAAAUUAUAUUUCAUAUCUUCGAAUACGAAAAUAUCUUAUACAACAAAGUGCAGUGUUUGGAUCUUGCCAUGAAUCAUCCUCAAAUUCUUCUUUAUCAAAAAAUAGGCUUGCUUUUUAUAAAGGUGAACUACCUAUUUUAAUAACUACGGAGAGAUUUCUAUUCUUCAGGAGAUAUUUAUUGAAGGGGGCUACAACUGUUAUUUUCUGGGGUCCUCCAAUAUUUCCAGUUAUAUAUGUUGAUUGUAUAUAUAGCCUAAACUUUCCAUGUAUUGAUAAAUCUAAAAACAAAACCAGGGAUCCUCUUUCAAUCGUGCUGUUUCAUGAGCUUAAUUCAUUAGCUUUGGAAAGAAUUGUGGGAACAAAGAAAUGUUCUUAUUUACUUACAAGAUCUAAAAUAAAUAGACCUACAAUUAUAAUUGGAGAUUCCUAA